AUGAACGAAUACGGUGUUUUUAGUAUCGUUUGUUAGUUUGUUUCCGUCGGGCGCACGUGGGAUUGCCGGUUAACGCGGACAGCUUUUGGCCGAUGUAACCAGAGCGCGUUGCGAGUGGUUUAUUAAUAGCCCCAUCGCAUGUUUGGCUCCACCGGCGUGUAACAACGUGGCCCAAGAGUGCGCUUGUGAAUAGUUUUUUCCCAUCGAUCGUACACGCGGCGAAUGUAAAGUGCACCACCGUUAAAUUGUCGCGUAUUCGAAUUUGCUUUGUUGGUGCCGCUUAGCUCAUCUUUACAUAAUCACCAUGGAGGAGCUUAGGGAUAAUCUGAUUGUGGGCCUUGGCAACCCGCUGCUCGACAUUUCGGCCGUGGUGGACGACAAGCUGCUAAAGAAGUACGACCUGAAGCCAAACGAUGCUAUUCUGGCCGAAGAAAAACAUAUGCCAGUCUACCAGGAACUGGUGGAGAAGUACGACGCCGAGUACAUUGCCGGAGGUAGUGUGCAGAACUCAUUCCGUGUCGCUCAAUGGAUACUGCGGCGACCGCGGGUUGCCCUGUUUUUCGGUUGCAUCGGAAAAGACGAGUAUGGCCGCAUUCUGGAGGAGCGCGCCACCGCCAGUGGUGUGAAUGCGCAGUAUCAGCGUUCCAGUAAGAAUCCGACCGGAACGUGCGCCGUAUUAAUCACCGGUACGCAGCGUAGUCUGUGCGCCAAUCUGGCGGCGGCAAACGAUUUCAGUCGCGAAGCCUUGGAACAGCCAUCGAACGUGGAACUGCUGAACCAGACCGAGUACGUGUAUGUGUCCGGGUUUUUCUUUACCGCCAGUUUCGAGAGUGUACAGUACCUGUGCCGAACGCUGCUUACGAGUCGUACGCGCACGUUCCUCAUGAAUCUCAGCGCACCGUUCGUGCCGAUGUUUUACAAAGAUAAUCUCGAAGAAGUUCUUCCCCUAAUCGACGUGCUGUUUGGCAACGAGACGGAAGCGAAAGCCCUGGGCAAAGUGCUCCUGAAUGGCGAGGAAGACCUGGUCAGCAUCGGUAAACGGCUCACCGACUGGCGGUAUACACGCGGCGGCGAUAAGAAGCGAGUGGUCAUCUUCACGCAGGGAAGUGACCCGGUGCUGCUAUUUGCUGACGGUUGCGUACGAGAAUUUGCGGUCCACAAGUUGACUGCCGACGAAAUUGUCGAUACUAACGGAGCGGGUGAUGCUUUUGUCGGUGGCUUCCUGGCGCAGUUCGUGCAACACCGCUCCCUGGACACGUGCAUCGAGUGCGGCAUUUGGGCGGCACGCGAAAUCAUCAAGCGAUCCGGCUGCACCUUCGAGGGUGAACCAACGUUCCGAUCGGCAUAGCUUACGGUGGUUCUGAAGCCAGACCGAAGUAUCUCGAAUGAAACACACCCGCCGGCUGGACGCGCACCAAAAACCGUUUUUCUACUGCAAUAUACAGCUGAAGGGCGAAAUUAAACAAAAAGUGAUUCCAAUAC